AUUCCUUGACCCGGAAGUACUUCUUUAGUGUUGCUGAUGAUAUGCUGGUGUGGGCAAUAGCCUACGAUCGAAUGCGGGAACCAACAGACUGCAUGCUUCAAGUAUUGUUGCGCUUACAGUCGCAUGCACUUGUAGCCCGCAUAUCAACUGGGAAUAGGCUAUUUGAAGUUGAAAAGUACAGUUGAUUCCUGUCGUUGAUAGUUCUUAGAUACGAAAUGGAUGCCAAUCCAUCCUCCUCGCUGGCAUGUCUUUACAGAAGCGAUCCAAUUUAUUCCCUCUGUGCCUCAGAUUUAAUGACCGCUUCUCAAACUGUGAACAAUAAUUUCAUAAAGGAACAGAAGCAACUUAUGAAGACUCUGAAGAGGCUGGAGCAGCAGCAGCUUACCUGCAUGCGUCAGCUGAACGAGGAGCAGAGGACCUUUGCCUUCGUCAUGAACAAGAGGCUAAGCCAGAGGGGCGCUACGAGGCUUCAAAUGCUCCCCUCCACCUCAGACUCCUCUUCCAUCGUCCCUCUGUCCAUUAGGGGGUCCCGGUCUGCCCCGGCUGCUCUCGCCACCCGCAAUGGGGCCAACAGAGUUGGCAGUGCCAAGAGUGCCAACGGCAGAGUCAAGUUUGAGCAGUCUUCUUCCAGCCUCUCGCCGUGGGCAGUGAAAUUACAGAAGAAGAGUAUGGAGAUGCAGGACAGAGAGGCAAGGGAGGUGAGCACUGUUUUGAAGGAGUAUGGGGCCUCGGCUGGUCAAAGGUGUUGUUGUGAAUGUGGUCACACCAGGGAGCUGUUGGACAGGAGACUGAGUUGUCCAGCCAUAUUACAGAGGCAUCACUCUUGAUUCUGCUAUGGUAUGGGGUGUUAUGGACAAACGAUACAGGAUAUUGCUACAGGGGGGUGAGAGAGUUUCUCUUGAACAUCAUCUACCUACUCGUACUGGAUCGAUAUAGCUACCUUAUUUCUUGGAGGUUAUGCCAUGCCAAUGGAUAUCUGAACAGCAUUUUACGUCACGACCGAUAACUGACUAACACUGUACGUCAUGACAGCUUCAUAAUAAGUUACAUGAACUAUGUCAACAUGUCAUUACACCUUUAACUGUUCACAGUACAUGAAAAAUGACACUGCCUUGUCACUUGACAGUCAGUGACAUAAGAUGCCUUUACAUCUUUUGACAUUUGUUAUGUCAUGUUUAUGAUAAUAUGACACUGUUAUGAUGUACAGUUCAAAUAAAGUGUUAUCAAGGUACAUUCUGUGUUCACCUAUAUAUCUUGUUUCCUGAAGAUGACAACAUAAUAUGUAUAAAUUGUUUUAGUUUUUUUCAUGGGAAGUUGAAUGCCAAGUUUAAUUUUUUUAUCAAAAUGUAAAUGAGAUCUAACUGCUACUCAAAGGAAUAUGUUCAUAAUGUUUUUUUAAAAUUGGUGACAGAUUUUUGUGUGUGUAGUUUACUAAAUAAACUGUAAACUGUAGCUUAUACUGUAUGUUGAGGUUGGAAUUCAAACAUUGGAUUUUAGACCAAUGACAGCAUUAAUAAGAGAUGAAACCCAUUGGACCGUAGCAGCAACAUUGUAUCGACUGUACUUAUCUGAAAGUAGUGACAUCAUCCUGUGUGACGCAUUGGGAAACAACGUUCAACGGAAGGAAAUCACAGAAGAUUGCCUACAGUUGAGGACUUAGUCUAGCAAUCGCUUGUACAGCACUACAACAAAAUAAUUUAGUUAAAAUAUUUAGUAUUUUCAAAAGUUGUUACUCAAAUUGUAUCUACACUGAGAGUCCAGGACAGGAAAGUAACGUGUACCGUUCUAGGAAGAAAACCACUAAAGAGAUUGAGUGCAAUCUUGUGCCGAAAUCAGAACAUUAUGGGAGGUGUCUUUGGGGCCUUUUCUGUCGCAAGCUGGGUGCCGUGUCUGUGUAGCAGUGCGACAUGCUUGCUGUGCAGGUGCUGUCCCCAGAGCAAGAACUCCACGGUGACGCGAGUCAUCUACGCCUUCAUCCUGUUGCUAGGGACCAUUAUAGCCUGCAUCAUGCUGUCACCGGGAGUGGACGAGCAGCUAAAAAAGAUUCCUGGGUUCUGUGAAGACGGAGCAGGCUCUUCUAUCCCAGGAAUCCAUGCCAACAUGAACUGUGAGAUCUUUGUGGGCUAUAAAGCCGUGUACCGGGUGUGCUUCGGCAUGAGCAUGUGUUUCCUGGUGUUCGCUCUGAUUAUGAUCAACGUCAAGAACAGCCGAGACCCACGCUCUGCCAUCCACAACGGGUUUUGGUUUUUUAAGAUUGCCACCAUGGUUGCCGUGACAGUCGGUGCCUUUUAUAUCCCUGAGCGGCCUUUCACUCACCUGUGGUUCGUGGUGGGUACCUGUGGGGCAUUCUUCUUCAUCCUGAUCCAGCUGGUUCUGCUGGUAGAUUUUGCCCACUCCUGGAAUGAGUGCUGGGUGGAUAACAUGGAGAGUGGGAACUCCAGGGGCUGGUAUGCAGCCUUGCUCGCUGUAACUGGACUCAACUACAUCAUGUCAUUUAUCGCCGUUGUCCUGAUGUACCUGUUCUACACUCAGCCAAAGGGCUGUCUGCUCAACAAGUUCUUCAUCAGCUUCAACAUGAUUCUCUGUGCUGUAGCCUCUGUCGUGUCCAUCCUGCCCAGAGUACAGAAAUUCCAGCCCCGAUCCGGUCUACUCCAGUCCUCCUUCAUGACUAUGUACACCAUGUAUCUGACCUGGUCGGCCAUGACCAACGAGCCUGACCGUACAUGCAACCCCAGCCUGCUGAGCAUCUUCCAGCAGACACUGGUGCCCACGCUGGCCCCACUGGAGAUCGAGAACCAGACGACUGUGGUGAUCAUCGGCACUGAAGAGCCCAUCCUCUCCUCCCCCUAUCUGCAGUGGUGGGACACCCAGAGCAUUGUGGGAUUGGCCAUCUUCAUCCUCUGCAUCCUCUAUUCCAGCAUCCGCUCGUCCAACACCAGCCAGGUGAACAAGUUAACCAUGGCCUCUAACGACACAGUGAUCCUGGAGGAGAGUAAAGCAGGCACCCCGGACGAGGAGGGAGGGACGGGACCCAGGCGUGUGGAGGAUAACGAGAGGGACACGGUCCAGUACAGCUAUUUCUUCUUCCACUUCAUGCUCUUCCUCGCUUCGCUCUACAUCAUGAUGACUCUCACCAACUGGUACAGUCCUGAUGCAGACUACAAUGCCAUGACCAGCAAGUGGCCGGCGGUUUGGGUGAAGAUCUCCUCCAGUUGGGUGUGCCUUACCCUCUAUACCUGGACCGUGGUCGCCCCAAUGAUACUCACCAACCGGGACUUUAGCUGAGAACGGUUCCACCAACGCAGUAUUUUCUUUUCACGUUCCUUAUUGUGAUUACUGAUUUAGUAAAAAAGAACAGCUGAAUUUAGCAAAGAGAAAUGACAGUCCAUCAUUACUUUAAGACAUGAAGGUCAGUCAAUCCAAACAUGUCAAGAACUUUGCAGUUGCAAAAACUAUCAAGCGCUAUGAUGAAACUGUCUCUCAUGAGGACCGCCACAGGAAAGGAUGACCCAGAGUUACCUCUGCUGCAGAGGAUAAGUUCAUUAGAGUUACCAGCCUCAGAAAUGGGCAAUUAACUGCACCUCAGAUUGCAGCCCAAAUAAAUUAUUCACAGAGUUCAAGUAACAGACACAAAUCAACAUAAAGUGUUCAGAGGAGACUGUGAAUCGGGCCUUUAUGGUCGAAUUGCUGCAAAGAAACCGCUACUAAAGGACACCAAUAAUAAGGAGAGAUUUGCUUGGGCCAAGAAAUAUGAGCAAUCGACAUUUGACGGGUGGAAAUCUGUCCUUUGGUCCAAAUUAGAGAUUUUUGGUUCCAACCGACUGGUACUGUAUAUUUAGCACUUAUAAUUACAUAUAUAUUGACUACGUCAGAUUAAUUGCUUCAUAUGAGUAGAAUUAUUUGUUUUAAUGCAUUGAUUCUGUCAUGACUGUCCACAAGAAUCCAAAUAGGUCAGAUCAGGUUUGCAAUGAAUAACUUAAAUCAGACCCCCUCUCACCCGCAGUGAGUGGGAAGGAAAGAACUAGGGGGGUUAACAACUCAUGACCUGUUGUUAAUCAAGGAGAGAAGAUUCAGGUCCCUCUUCAAAUUCACAAUGUUCAAAAUGUGCCUUUUUUUCAGAGACUUUUCCACGUUCAAAUAUCAAAUACUGGAACAAUAUUUCUAACAUAUAACUUGGGAAUGUUCACUUUGUUAUUUUGUGAUGUCAUUAAAUUGUUAUAAAGGAAAUAAUGUAACUUGGAAAGUAUACCCACUGCAUAUAUGACGUGUCCAUCCUAUGUGUUGUGCAUGUAAUAUGAAAAAUGAUGAAAGUAUUUCUGUUAAGAGAGGGAUUUGAUUUUUAGGAGCCAUUAGAGUUUUACAUAAACCAUUAGAGUUUUACAUAAACUUUGCAGUGACAAGUCAUGCAUUCAUAAGUAAGGCUCAGGUUUUUGCAGAUGCAGGAGGUUACGACUGUUCAGAAUGAUGAUAUGAUACAAGGUUAUGAUUAAUAAGUUGACUGUUUAAGACCUUUUAGAGUUUAAUUCAGGAGAUGGUAACUCUUUAAACAACCGCUCUUGUGGUGCCUCAGAUCCUAAUGAGUUAAUUGUUACAUGAUUAAUUUAAUCGGGUAACAAUUAAGCAUAGUUAGUUAGAUAAAUUAGAUUAGAUAAAUAAGUCUUCCGAUUAAUGUUAAAGUCAAGUCAGGACAAUUCUCUUUACCUUUAUAUUUAAGUCGCUUAGUAUGAGACUAGGUGACAUGAUGUUCAGUAAUUGUUUUGCUUCCACUUACAGUAUGUCCUCAGUUCUGUAUUACAGACGCUUAUUUAGUUAUAGCCAAUUCUGUUCAGUAGUAAUUGAGUUUGCAUAGGUUUAUCCUAACAUGAUUUAAUAGUGUAGUAAGCUGCCAUCCCCCUUCCAAUGCCUUUCAUACUGUAUCUGUAAAUUGUGUAUUAUGAAUCUUUGAAUUGAGAGCAACAUGAAAGUGUAGUUAUCAGUGUUUGUGGAUUGCUUUCCAAAAACAUCUAUUUCAACAAUCUACUUCAAGUGUUUAUGCUUCUGCCAAGUAUUUGUGUAAUCUUUAUAAUGUUUGUUUAGUGUCUUGGAAAUUGAUGAAUGUAAAUGACAAUCAAAAGGCUGAAGGCAUGCUUUCUGAAGGAACUGAAGCAUAUUUAGCAUGUUUCUAUCGUGAGUGAAAAUAAAGGUCUACAACCAAAACCCCUACAUAGUAGGCCUAUGGUUCAGUUCCAAAUUGAUUAUGUGUUAUAUGCACACACCACAAAUUGUUACCAGAUAUUUGGUGAAAAUGACAUAAUUAUGACCACAAAUACGAAAUAUGUUGAUGCACCUGAUUGGAACAUGAUGGUUUAUAGGUUAACAUUGCCAUUCUUUGUGUUGUUUUUUUCAUUCAAACUGUAGUUGUGAUGAGGGUCUGCUUGUGGAACAUGCUUCAGUUCCCAUUCAAACUGUAGUUGUGAUGAGGGUCUGCUUGUGGAACAUGCUUCAGUUCCCAUUCAAACUGUAGUUGUGAUGAGGGUCUGCUUGUGGAACAUGCUUCAGUUCCCAUUCAAACUGUAGUUGUGAUGAGGGUCUGCUUGUGGAACAUGCUUCAGUUCCCAUUCAAACUGUAGUUGUGAUGAGGGUCUGCUUGUGGAACAUGCUUCAGUUCCCAGACUCUAAAAAA